AUGUCUCUUUCGCAGUAUCCGUCUUCCAGUCAGUCUUUCUUGGAUGGUGAAGAUGAUGAAGAUCACACUACAAAUAAUAUACAAGAAUACAACUUCAAAGAGUGCCAUAUUUAUGCUAUUGAUUGCAGUCCUAGUAUGUGGGAGCAGAUUGAAGAAAACGAUAAUGAAGAACCCGUAUUGUCAGCUCUCAAGUGUAUUAGAGGAAAACUCCUGGAUAGUUUAUAUUCACGACCCAAUGAUCAAAUCGGCAUUGUCUUAUAUGCUACUGAAGAGCAUUAUAAUGAUGCGGGCAAAGAGCAUAUUUGCGUACUGCAAUCGUUGGAUAUACCUGACCCGACGCGUCUAAAAGAGUUAGAUACACUAAUUGAAGAUCCUUCCAUGAUACGCCAAAAUUAUGGAUCUACAGAUAAACUGUUUCCCAUCAGUGAUCUAUUCUGGCUUUGUUCAGACAUUAUAUCGAAGUCUCCUAAGCAAUCCAGUAAACGAGUUAUCAUCAUCACAGAUAACGACAAUCCAGCUGGUGACAAUAACUUAUAUAAUAAAGCGGCAAUUCAAAGAGCUAGAGAUCUGACCGACAAUGGUGUCAAUAUGGUAGUGUUCGGGUUGGAUAAGCCUGAUAUUAAGUUCGAUAAAGUCAAUUUCUAUCAGCGGUUUUGUACUUUUGAGAACGAUGAAAAAAUUAAUACGGACGAUAAUGAUGAAAAUAACAUGCAAGACCCUAACAUAGAGUUUCGCCUGUUGUCAGCAACAGGAAAAGUGAAAGAUUUAUUCAAGAAGUUGAGAACUAUGCAAACCAAGCGGUCAGAGUUUAGGUUACCUUUUCAACUAGGCCCUAACUUGACUAUUGGUGUGAGAGGAUACAACAUGAUCAUAAAACAAAAAAUCGGUGCGCCUAAAUAUUUUUAUUCCAGCGGUGAACAGUUAAAAGAAGCGAAAAGUUCUACCAGGUGGAAAAGAGAAGACACAGGUGACUAUCUCUUACCGACUGAUAUUCAAUUCAGCUAUGAAUACGGAGGCGAAGAUAUAGUGUUUUCCAGGGAGGAAUUAGAACAGAUAAAGACAGUAAAGCAGCCAGGCAUUUAUGUUUUGGGCUACAGAGAUAUAAGCGCUUUAAAGAUGUAUCACCAAUUAACACAUCCUUAUUUUCUUUAUCCUGAUGAAACGCAAUACACAGGCAGUAGAAAAGUAUUCACUACGCUCUUGAAGUGUUUAUCGAAAAAGAAAAAAAUGGCCAUAUGUAACCUUACAAGAAGAGUCAAUACUAUGUCCCGUCUUGCUGCUCUCUUACCACAGAUAGAGAGAAUUGAUAGUACAGGGAAUGUCAUUGAUCCAGCUGGUUUCCAAGUCAUCAUUUUGCCUUUCGCCGACGAAAUUCGUGCACUUCCGCCAUAUACUGUUUCUGGAGGGAAAGUCUUUGAAGAGGCAGUCAGUGUCAUCAAACCGGUUUUGAAAAGGUUAAGAAUGAAUAGCUUUGAUCCAACAAUAUACCAUAAUCCUGCUCUUCAAAGUCACAAGAAUCUACUGCUUCGUACUGCACUCGAAACAGAUAGUGUACCUCCUGUGAAAGAUGACACCAUACCCGAUUACAAGCUCAUCAAUGAGGAGUGUGGUGAAGAUAUUGAAAGAUUCAAGACACUUGUUGGGUUAGAAAAUCUUAAUGUAGAUGCUAUUGUGGAACAAAGCACUGCACGUAAACGUCAAGUAGCGAGAAGCACUUCUCCUACGGAUGUUAAGCGUCCCAAGUUGAAAGAACGAACAAUCCCAGAGCAUUGGGAAUAUGGAACACUUGAUCAUGUGGUCAAUGCUGAUUUAAAAGAAUUUCUUACUUCCGUCGGUAUUCAUCCUAAAAAGUUAAAGAAAGAAUUAGUAGCCCAAAUUGACAGUUACUUCAGGACUAAAGUUGAGGGAUCUUCUCAACCGCAGAUGAAAGUAGAGAAAGAGUAG